AUGCAAUCCAUCUUCUCCGUUGAUCGUUGCACGAAUCUUCGUCAUCGCGGUUGCUGUCCACCUCCUCCGAGGAACUCAGAAAUCAGCAUGCAACAAUCCAAGGAUCCAUUUGAAGUAGUGGCUGAAGAACACGAGGAAUCACCACCCAAUUCACCAACUGCUCAUGAUGAGACUGAACCCCAAACUCCCAAUGCACCACCAGUAGUCAACUCUCAGGGUGCUGACGUGGACAAUACAAUCCGUUCUAGAAACCCACAAAAAUCAGCUGCCACGUCAGCAACUACCAAAAUGGGGAAAAACAAAGAAGAUGAUGAUGAAGAAGAAGAAGAGAACAUGGAUGUUGAACUUGGAAAGUUACCAUCAUCCAGUGAUCCUUCCAAGAUGGCCAAGAUGCAGUCUAUUUUGUCACAAUUUACAGAGGAACAAAUGAGUAGAUAUGAAUCUUUCAGAAGAUCUGGAUUUCAGAAAUCUGUCAUGAAAAGGUUGUUAGGUAGUAUUACUGGAAGCAAUAAAAUCUCUAUGCCCAUGACUAUUGUGGUAUCUGGAAUUGCAAAGAUUUUUGUUGGUGAACUUGUUGAAACAGCGAAAGUGGUGAUGAAAGAGAGAAAAGAGAGUGGGCCCCUCAGGCCAUGCCACGUCAGAGAAGCAUAUAGAAGGCUUAAAUUAGAAGGCAAGAUACCCAAAAGAUCAGUUCAAAGGCUUUUUCGAUAAUCAUGUUGAAAUGUAUGAUCUACAAAAAAAAUGUUUUGUUUGUAAAAUUAAUAUAUGUAUGGUUUGUUGUAGAAUUGCUCUAGUUAAGUCAUUAAAUAUGCAUGACCUCGAACUUUAUGAGUGUAACAUAAUAUAUGGCAUUAGAUCGUGUU